AUGACGGCGCGUGUUCUAUCAUCAUGGAACACAAUCCACACACACUGCAGGCUCAGAAAACUCAAUCUUUCUCGCUAUCUAUCCGCAAAACCGGCAGCCGACAAUAACACGUACUCAAACACCCUGCUUCUUCCGAAAACCUCAUUUCCAUUGAGGUCGAAUCCCAAGGAGACAGACAAUACUUAUAGGGAUCUAUCCUGUGAUUCACUCUACCGGUGGCAGUGGGAAAACGCGAAAGGGCCACUUUUCGUGCUGCACGAUGGACCACCCUAUGCCAAUGGUGACUUGCACAUGGGCCAUGCCCUCAAUAAGAUCAUAAAGGACAUAAUCAAUCGGUUUCACCUAUCGCAAGGCCGCAAAGUCCAUUAUGUGCCAGGUUGGGACUGCCACGGUCUUCCGAUUGAAAAUAAAGCUAUGAAGGAAAUGAAGCGUAGUCCACUCAACACGCCAGCUUCCGUUAUCCGAAACGCAGCAAAGGAGACUGCUUUGAGGGAAAUCGAUUCUCAGAGGAAUCAGUUCAGACCCUUGGCCGUGAUGGCUGACUGGGAUUCGCAGGAAAGAACAUAUCGCACACUUGACCGGCACUAUGAGAUCAGACAGCUACGGAUAUUCCAAAAGAUGGUCGAAAAAGGCGCGUCCCUGGCUGAAGCUGAGCUGGAAUAUAAGGAUGACCACGUUUCCCAUUCCGUCUAUGUCACCUUCGAUCUCGCUGAACCCAACGAUGUACUACGGAAGCUUGUUUCGAACAGACCGAAAGUACAGUUUCUGGUAUGGACCACCACUCCUUGGACAUUAACAGCUAACAUGGGUAUUGCCGUUCACGACGAGCUUGUUUACGAGGUAGUCGUCAGAGAGGAUGGUGGGGUACUUAUCGUGGCACGCGACCGUUUGGAUGCACUUUCAUCGUUCCUCGGUGAAGUUCAGGUCAUUGGUAGUAUCACAGGAAAGGACUUGGUUGGCGUUUCAUACCAUCCCAUAUUCUCUUCUGCAUCGUCCCCAGCUCAGCCUCUGAAAAUCAUCCACGCCCCCCAUGUUACAGCACUUUCAGGCACUGGGCUUGUACACUGCGCACCAGCGCAUGGUGCCGAAGACUAUGAUGCUUUCCGUCUGCAGAAUCUACUUCAGACCUCUGGCCCUACCGGCUCCAACGUGUUGUGCCAUGUUAAUAGCAGAGGCCAAUUUACCUCAGAAGUUGUGGAUGUGGUAGGACCUGAACAUGCACCGAAGCUUGUUGGACAGGAGGUGUUGGGUGACGGAAACAAAGCUAUGGUCAUAUUGCUGAAGGAACUGGAUAAGGUGUUGAAAAUCCAACGAAUUAAGCAUCGAUACCCUUACGAUUGGAAAACUAAUGAACCCAUCAUUGUGACUGCUACAUCGCAGUGGUUUGCCAAUCUUGACCACAUCAAGGCCGAUGCGCUGGGUGCCUUGAAGGACGUUUCAUUCUUCCCGGAACUUUCCCGUAAACGCCUUGAAGCUUUCGUGCGAUCGCGAUCCGAAUGGUGUAUAUCCCGACAACGCGUCUGGGGCGUACCCAUUCCUGCCCUCCACCACAUUGCCUCCGGCCGCGUCGUUCUGGACUCACCUACUCUUGAAUACAUCAUCAACGCCCUCGAAACCAAGGAUGUCGACUGGUGGGAGUCUCCCAUAGAAGAGUUCGUCCCGCCCUGGCUUUUAGAAGACGGUAAAUCGGCAGCAGAGACGUGGGAGCGCGGCAGGGACACCAUGGACGUGUGGUUCGACAGUGGCACGUCGUGGUCGAUGCUCGAGGAGAUGGGGGUUGGUCGCGAUCGGGCCGGGUCGCGUACUGCUGGCAAUGGAAGGCAAUUUGACGCGGAUGUCUGCUUGGAAGGGUCUGAUCAGCAUCGUGGGUGGUUCCAGAGCCAGCUGUUGACCGCUAUUGGAUCGCGAUCGUCUGAGGAUAAGGCUGUUAGCCCGUAUGCGGCCCUUAUUACUCAUGGAAUGGUGCUCGAUGAGAAGGGCAAGAAGAUGAGCAAGUCGUUGGGUAACAUCGUCAGCCCCAUGACAAUAGUGAACGGUUCCCAGGAUGGGAAACAGCCGGCUUAUGGUGUUGAUGUACUUAGGCUUUGGGCAGCGACUGUUGACUUUUGGAGAGACAUGUCCAUCGGACCUACGGUUAUUUCCCAAGCUGCAGAGUCUCUGCGCAAGCUACGCAACUCUGCGAGGUUCUGUCUCGGCAACCUUGAUACUGACAGCUUGGAUAGGCUGGGGAGAGUGCCGAAGGCUGAAAUGAAUAUUUUGGAUCGAUAUGUUAUGCAUGAACUAUAUACCCUAGAACAGACAGCUUUAGAAGGCUACAAAUCCUAUAAUUUCCCAAAAGUAAUCAGUGCUCUAAAUAAUUUCGCUAACAUAACCCUGUCAUCUUUAUACUUUGACAUCACAAAAGACUGCUUGUAUGCAAACACCAUUGAAAGCCAUGAAAGGAGAGCAGUGUGUACAGUCUUGGAACAGAUUCUGGGAACCAUGACGAAGGUUUUGGCACCAGUUCUCCCUUACCUCGCUGAAGAAAUACACGCAACCUGGAAAGCUGACCAGAAGUCGGUCUUCAUGACACCUUGGACUCCUUUGGGUAUGGAAUGGAAGGAUGAACAGGCGGCAGCAGAUGUGUCCCAGUUGCUUGGUGUUCGUACCACGGUACUCUCUCUCCUUGAGAAAGCCAGGCGUGCAAAGUACCUCAGAAGCUCCCUGGAGGCUGAAGUGAAAAUCGUAUAUCCUGGAGGACACCACAAUGAGACCCUUGUGCAGCUGCUGAAACGUGAAGAAGAUUUACUGAAAACGUUGCUCAUCGUUUCCGACGCUUCUGUUUCGGACAAGGCGGAUUUUAGCACAGAGGACUUGGAGUGGUCAUAUGCAAACACAACUGAUAUCAAAAAUGCUUGA